GAUACACCAGCACUUGUGUCGCUACGUGACCAAUUGGCAAGCUGCGAAAUCUUUCAAAAAACCAACUCAACCAACAACCCGCGAAAAAGAGACACCUCCCCUUGUCGAGAACAAAAAAACACAAAUAUUUCGGCUUCAAAUUUCCGAAGAAAAAAAGCAGGGAUUUGGAGUUUUGAGAGUAGGACCUUGCCCUCGAACGAAAGAUUCUAAAACAAAUGAAUUUUUACAAAAUUCAAAGGACGAGAAAAAACUUUACAAGAAAGACGAAAUGAAACUUUACAGAGAGAAAACUCCUGAGGCUUUGGAAAUCUCAAUUACUGGCUCCAAGCCGCCAUCUUCGGAGAUGAAUAUUGAAAUGAACAGCGCGCAAAGGAAAUUGCUCAAAACGAAAAUGACAAAAACGAUGAUUAUCCCAAAAGCAAGCAACGUUGACCUUUCGAAAGCCGGUAGUUUACGCGGAAAGGAUGAUGAGGUUCGCGGAAAUUGGAAAGACAAAGUCAAGACUGUUGAGUUGCAGAUUGUGAAGGCUGCUACGGGUUCGCGUGCUAAAGGAACUGCAAAGAAAGUAAGCAGACCGAAAAAUAAGCCGACACCCCCGCCACCUACAUCCAAAGCCUCUGCUAAAAAGACAUCUCCUGCCCACAAUGCUUGCCAUCCUCACAUUGUAUGCGGUUCCAAUAUGACUAAAAUGAUCUUUGCUGACAAGCAGUUUCUUCACAUCACAACCCCAAAACCAAUUGGUGUAAACCCAGCAAGUCAACGAGGCAGCUCAUCCAAGCUAUUUGACACCCCUAGUGAUACAGUCUAUCCAUGGGCCGAUGCUUUAAGCAUCAUACCACGCGGAAGACUGAUUGAGGAAUCUCAAAUCCUUAGCCCGUAUACACAGCGUUUUCCUGACAAGAGGUUUCAGGCAUGCAUAACCCCAAGCAGUUAUCCUUCGAGCAGUAUUGAUGUGCAAAUACAGGGAAGCUCAAUCGAUGAUUCCCCUUCAUUGGAGCAUUGCAGAUCUGAAGAGGAUAUCCACAAAAUAUCUUCCAGCAAAAAAUCUGUUCAGAAAGUUGGGCCAUUUCUUAAGUUGUAAGUAGUCUCUUUCAUGGUUUAAUGCAUCAUCUUGAAAGGUAGGCGUGUCUUUUGCCAUUGAGCGUACAAUGAUUGACACCUGUCAAUAAUUGUCUGUAGGUGUUCUAUCAUUGCACUUUCAAUGGUUGCCUUGCUUUGAUGCCAAGGCACAGCUACGAUUGAAGAUGUCGUAGGGAAGCGUGAAGGAGACUACAUUAUUGACACUGACACUGUUUUAAAUUUCAUACCAGAGAUGAUAACUUAAACCACAGCAUAUUACUGUACAAUUUUAAUUAUCAAAACAUAGAAUUUCCCCAUAUUAUGCUAUUUUAUUCAAAGUUUGUUCAAAGUCCAGUUAUAUCCUUUGUAUUCAAUUUCCACUUUUUCAUUUCCUUCCAUUUGCUUGAUCAAAUGUCCCAUUUUAGUUUUCA